AUGAUCAAGUUAAGGUCAAAGAGGUUUUGUAAGGGCAGCUUUAAGCUUGGUUGUAAUGGUGGCGGCGGUGGUAACACUACUAAUGUCAAAGGAAAUGAAAAAGGGUCCUAUGGAGUCAUUAAUAAUGGUGAAAUCAAAUGGGAACUUAGGCCUGGUGGCAUGCUUGUUCAAAAGAGAGAGAGUGGAGAGAGUGUUGGAGAGUUAAUCAAAGUGAGGGUCUCAACUGUUUCACAAUGGCAUGACAUUUCCAUUGAAGCAACUUCAACAUUCGGGGAAUUGAAGAUGGUACUGUCAUUGGUAACUAGCUUGGAGCCGAAAGAACAAAGGCUACUGUUCAAAGGAAAGGAGAGAGACAAUAGUGAACACUUACACAUGGUUGGGGUUAGAGACAGGGACAAGGUGCUCUUGUUAGAAGAUCCAGCUAUCAAAGAGAGGAAGCUUCAUGGCUUGGCAGGAGGCCAACCCAUUGGGACUCCUUGUCGUACCAUACGUGUGUAA